AUGGAUCAAAAGGCGUCAUAUUUUAUCAAUGAGAAGCUCUUCACUGAGGUAAAGCCCGUCCUUUUUACGGAUCUAAUUCACCACUUGAAGAUCGGCCCAUCCAUGGCCAAGAAAUUAAUGUUUGACUAUUACAAACAGACCACCAAUGCCAAAUACAACUGCGUAGUGAUAUGCUGCUACAAAGAUCAAACUAUUAAAAUUAUUCAUGAUCUUUCCAACAUUCCACAGCAAGAUUCAAUAAUUGAUUGUUUCAUCUAUGCCUUCAAUCCCAUGGACAGCUUCAUACCAUAUUACGACAUUAUCGAUCAAAAGGAUUGUUUAACCAUUAAAAAUUCAUACGAACUUAAAGUUUCUGAAUCAUCGAAAAUUAUAGAGAGGACUAAGACGUUAGAAGAGAAAUCUAAACCUUUGGUAAGGCCUACAGCAAGAUCAAAGACCACGCCAGAAGAAACAACCGGAAGGAAAUCCAAAUCUAAAGACAUGGGUCUCAGGUCUACUGCACUGCUGGCUAAGAUGAAAAAGGAUAGAGAUGACAAGGAAACCUCUAGACAAAAUGAGUUACGUAAAAGGAAAGAGGAGAACUUGCAAAAAAUAAAUAAACAGAACCCUGAAAGAGAAGCUCAAAUGAAAGAGUUAAAUAAUCUUUUUGUCGAAGAUGACUUAGAUACAGAGGAAGUAAAUGGAGGGUCCAAGCCCAACUCACCUAAAGAAACUGACAGCAACGAUAAGGACAAAAACAACGAUGAUUUAGAAGACUUGUUGGAAACGACAGCAGAAGAUUCACUUAUGGAUGUACCUAAAAUACAGCAAACAAAGCCUUCUGAAACAGAACAUUCAAAGGAACCUAAAUCUGAAGAAGAGCCCUCCUCUUUUAUUGAUGAGGAUGGAUAUAUUGUGACAAAGAGACCCGCAACUUCAACACCACCACGCAAGCCAUCACCCGUGGUAAAAAGGGCAUUGUCGUCUUCAAAAAAGCAAGAAACGCCGUCAUCGAAUAAAAGGUUAAAAAAGCAAGGAACAUUGGAAAGCUUUUUCAAAAGAAAGGCAAAAUAA